GUCAUCUUCAACAUUGUUAACUUCAGUAAAACCAAAAGUCUUUAUAGAGAUGGAAUGGCCCCUAUGGUGAAAUCUACUAGCAGACCCAAAUGGCAAAGGCUGCCACCUAAAAAUGUUUACUACUACCGGUGUCCGGACCAUAGGAAGAAUUAUGUGAUGUCCUUUGCAUUUUGUUUUGACCGAGAAGAAGAUAUUUACCAAUUUGCUUACUGCUAUCCAUAUACAUACACACGCUUUCAGCAUUACCUUGACAGCCUGCAAAAGAGAAACAUGGAUUACUUCUUUCGGGAGCAGCUGGGUCAGAGCGUGGUAAGGCCUAGUCUGAAACAGGCAGCCUUGGGAGAAGUGCUUAGCAAUGGGUUUUUAUAGAAUGCAAAUAAUAGAUAUUGAUGCUUUGCAUAUGCUCUGGAACUUCUAUGAAUAGUUAUUUUUAUUGUGCCAUUCUUUGCCUCUGUG